CAAAAUGAGCAUUGAAGAGCCUGAACUUCCUGCAACUCCUCGUGGCAGCCACAACAACACAGCCACAGCUUUCCAUUGCCUUAAAUGCUCCUGCACCAACCGACAAAUGGAAGAAGUUAACAAAUCCAGACAAGAGUAGGGUUGUUGAAAUUCUCUUAGCCAACUGCAGUGAUGGGCGACUUCAGAGGGGUAUUGUAACAAGUACAACAUCACAGUUCAACAUUUCUAGAAGGACAGUUCAUGACUUGUGGAAAAAAUCAAAGCAACAAAUGGACCAAGGGUUGUCCAUUAAUGUUCAAAGCCUACAAAAGGGAAAUGUAGGCAAAAAAGGGUAGCAGUUGACUUAGAGUACAUAAAGGAAAUCCCACUGCACAAGAGAAAGAACAUCAGAUCUUUAGGCUUUGCCAUGCAAGUUUCAAAGUCAACCGUGCACAAACUAGUGAAAGCUGAACAAAUCAAAAGGCACUCAAAUGCAAUCAAAUCUUUAUUUAAUGAGGGAAGCAAGAUUAAAAGACAAAGACCAACCAUGCUGCCUCAGUCAAGUGGAACAAAGCAAGAAGAUGAAGCAACAGUCAAGAUUGAUUUCCUCAGCCAACGGUGGAGAUUCAAUGAUCAAGUCUAUAAAUACAGAAAGAGUGCGGGAAUACCAAGUGUGGUAAAACGAGAGGAGCCAAGUGGAAUAGAAAGGAAUCAAACUAUACAUGCUCACAUCUAGCCAGCUGAUUCCCUUCACCAUUUUGGCUAUCACCCCACUCGUCUAAUGCUCUUCGACUAGUUAUAAUUCAUACAAACCUAUAGAGCUUAGAUUAGCUGGUAGUUUAGAUAUACACCCAUGUAAUCUAGACUAGUGUUACACAUUCUAGAGGGCUUUGUGUUCAAAUCCAGAAGGUGAGAAGGUCAAGGACAUGAGUAACUCAUGGCAAGUCAAUGUCAUUAGUGAAAAACCUUGGGAGGACUGAGUAGCUUGGAAUGGUGUUGAUAUUCCUUGUGAAAAACCUCACAGUUUACGCCUGGGCCUGGGCACUAAAUGUAAUGGGAUAUUCAUUUAGUGGAAAUCCAUUUGAAAUAGGUUGGGACUGGAUGUAGG